AUGACUGAGGUUUCCGUGGUUGCUGGAGGAGGGGAGAGUGCCGUGAAGGACCCAGCCAGGGACUCGGGCUCUCCUUGGGCUCAGCAGGAAGCCUCACGGCAGAGCAAGGAGGAAGUGGCCCUGAGCAUGAGUGCUGCAGGCCCGGGGCUGAGCAGCAUCUGCCUGCCCAGGAGGGCCUCACCCUGGCCUGUCUUUAGGAAACUCUGCAUUUUGGGCGGCUCCCUUACCGAUGUGCGGGGAUUUGGGAACAGCUUGUCUUACACAAGGACGGAGGAAAAGGUCAGGGAUCCAGUGGAAGAUGUUCUUGGUGUGUGGCCGCUCAGGGAGGUGGAAAGAGCAUUCAGAAGUGAGCUGGGUCCCACUAAGCUUCUUAAGAAUUGUGCUUUCUCUCUUGCAGGUGUGGGCAAGAGUAGUUUACUGUUGCGUUUUGCAGACAACACUUUCUCAGGCAGCUACAUCACCACGAUCGGAGUGGAUUUCAAGAUCCGGACCGUGGAGAUCAAUGGGGAGAAGGUGAAGCUGCAGAUCUGGGACACAGCGGGGCAGGAGCGCUUCCGCACCAUCACCUCCACGUAUUACCGGGGGACCCACGGGGUCAUUGUGGUUUACGACGUCACCAGUGCCGAGUCAUUCGUCAACGUCAAGCGGUGGCUUCACGAAAUCAACCAGAACUGUGAUGACGUGUGCCGAAUAUUAGUGGGUAAUAAGAAUGACGACCCUGAGCGGAAGGUGGUGGAGACAGAAGAUGCCUACAAAUUUGCCGGGCAGAUGGGCAUCCAGUUGUUUGAGACCAGCGCCAAGGAGAAUGUCAACGUGGAAGAGAUGUUCAACUGCAUCACGGAGCUGGUCCUCCGAGCAAAGAAAGACAACCUGGCAAAACAGCAGCAGCAACAACAGAACGAUGUGGUGAAGCUCACGAAGAAUAGUAAACGAAAGAAACGCUGCUGCUAAUGGCGCCCAGUCCACUGCAGAGACUGCACUGCGGUCCCUCCCCCAGCCCGAGGCCCAUGGAGGUUCCUCGGGGGACAGUCUCAGUUUCGUGCCGUUAUUUAAAGAAUUCUCUCCAUGUUUUUGUAUCGGGAGGUGCCAUUGGCACUUCCUCCCCCGCCCUCCUCGAGUGCCAAGAAGGUGUUGGACCAGCCCGCCCUUCCCUAUUGGUGCCCUCUUCUCCCCGGCCAAGGCGCCUGGACCUGGCGAGGACGCUGCCUGCCGAGCGGACUGAUUCGCAGAGUCUGUACAUAGUGUAUAUUGCUCUAUCCGGCCGCACACCACGUCCUGCUCUGGCUUUUGCCUCCUUGGUGCCAGCCUGCUGCAACGGACUCUUCCCCGCGCCCCUCCCCAGCCCAUCUUACUGCAAGCAGCGUCCUGUGGAGACGAUGUCACGUUCUAGCUGCGUCUUCGGCCAGCCUGUGCCAGUGGAGUGGGCUCCACGUUGCUCAUUCUCUCCGACAGGCUGUCAGCUUCUGUCCCCGGCACGCAGGGUCUUGCCCCUUCUCCGGGGCCUGCACCAGCUCCCUUCCCUCCCUGUUCUGUCCCCACAGCCAUUCUGGGAGCUGGGGAACCCGGUCUUGAGGCAGGCCCUGCAGUUCCACAGAGUUGGCCAGUCUUGCCCUUUGGCCAGCAGAUUUCUUGUCCUGCCUUCUAGAUGCCUCUGAGCUCCAAACCCAGGGGAGCCAUGGCUUCUCAUUUCUGUCAACAGUUUUCAGUUCCAACAGAAAGGUUGGGGUAGGUUCGUGCAGAGAUGGGGCUGGCAGGGGGGCUAUGGGAGCAUUAUUUUAACAGAUCAAGAAAAUGAAGCCAAAUCAAGUGAAUUAAAUUCCUCACAAUUACUUUCUUUCCCUGAGGUUUGAUUGGCACAGCAGCAAAAGUUGAGGCCACCCCACUUUGUGUCCACUGUUUUUAGAAAAAAAUGAAUGGCUUCCUGCCAUUGUGGGGCUGGGCUCUUUGGCUUUUCUUGGUGGGAACGGAGAAGGGGCCUCCCACCCUUGUCAGAGUUGCCUCCCACUGGAGGUCAGGAGUCUAUGCUGCAGCCUCAGGCACCUGUGGGGAGUGCAUGCCUGGGGCCUCUGGGCUGGGACCGUGGACAGGCCUUGGUCACUGUCCUAACCUUUGUCAGGACAAAGGUAGCAAGAGGAUUUCCUGGUGGGUGGGAAGGAAUGGCUGGGGCGGCCAGUUUUGACACGCCCCAGUACCCUGGAGAAAAACCAGGGUCGAUCAUCUGCGUUUGAUGACUGCUCCCCUGCCCCCAGCCCGGACACCUCAUUCCCCUCCCCCUACAGGGAUCAAGUGACCUGGGAAGAACUGAGUUCAACACCAGGAUGUGUUUCUUUAGAUUUCCUUUCCUAGGCGAUUUCCAGGGAGAGCCCUGAUUGGACAAUCACAUCACAGAUCACACUGCAGUUUCCGUGUUAGCACUGUGGAUGGAUUUUUAAUCAAUAAAAACGGGGUUUCUUCUCACCCGUCUCUCCACUUGCCCAAACUGCCAAAGGCCGGUGGUUCUGGGACAGGCCUUCACUUUGGAGCCACAGGAUGGGGUGGGGGAGCUCCGUGGGCCUGGGAAGGAAGGUGCUGUGGAGGGGGCUGCAGGGCUGACCAGCAGGCAGCCUCAUCUGGUCGGUGGGGGCGGCAGGAGCAGGAGCAGGGUCUCUGUCCUUGGGACUGUCCUGCUUGGCCAUGGGCCCUGUGAGGAUGCACGGUGCUUGGGGCUCCUGUGCCGCUGGGUGGGGGGGCAUGCUGGCCUCUGAGCGAUCAGGUGAGGCCAGCAAGGGUGUGCUUGCAAAUUCAAGCAAUAAGAAGGGGGGGGGGGGUCCCUGGGAGCUUCCAGCCCAGGCUAGAAGCCCCCAUGGCUUCUGGCAGCUGGACAUCAGCCCCAGGUGUUGGGGUGAUUUUGGUCAUGACAGUGUGCCUGUCCCACUGUUACACGCAUGAAUGGGGGUUAUGGGGGGGGGGGUGGGGACUCAGGGCUGGACCGAUGUCCUAGUGGACCUGAUGUGAAAUUCCUGUCAAACAAACACCACUUUUAAAUGGUUUGCUAGGAGUAUUUCUGUAUUGAAAGUUUCUAAUGAUGCUUUUUAAAAAAAUACUAAAAAUAAAGGUUCAAGCUGCCAAA